GGGAGCUGCAGAAGUCGAGCCACUCCACUCCGCGUUUUGCCCUGCCCUUGUGCGCUCUGCUCGCUGUGCAGCGCGCGUCUCUGAUGCAUUUUGCCUCCCUCUCGCUGUCAUAAAGACAGGACAGCUGUGCAAGAGAGAAGUUGUUGGCAAACCGAGCACCAGCAGGUUGCAUCUUCACCGGGAUCCUCUCGCCUUCACGGAGUAGUCUGGACUUCUUUUCUCUUUACCAAGGGAAGAUGAGGCGGACGCAUCAGUACAUAAAGAUUUCACUGAUGUGUGCGAUGUGGAGACUGCAGGUCGCCUUAUGUACUCUGUCGGUGCUGUCCCUGUCAUCUGCUGGAGAAAGCAAAGCGCGGAGCUGUAGCGAGGUUAGACAAGCUUAUAGCGCUAAAGGAUUCAGCCUCCUCCAUGUACCUCAUCAGGAACUAUCAGGUGAGCACCUCCGUGUCUGUCCCAAGAGUUACACCUGCUGCACAGCUGAGAUGGAGGACAAACUCAGCCAGCAAAGCAAGCAGGAAUUUGAGAUUAUGGUUGAAGACAGCAGCCACAACAUGAGAACAACAUUCACCUCCAGACAUAAAAAGUUUGAUGAGUUUUUCUUGGAGCUGUUGGACAACUCUGAAAAAUCUCUCAACAGUAUGUUUACAAAGACAUACGGGAAGCUGUAUAUGCAGAACUCUGAGGUGUUCCAGGACCUAUUCACUGAACUAAAGCGCUAUUACACGGGGGGCAACGUCAACUUGGAGGAGAUGUUGAAUGACUUCUGGUCCAGGCUGCUGGAACGCAUGUUCCAGUUGCUUAACUCCCAGUAUCACUUCACAGACGACUACCUGGAGUGUGUCACCAAAUACACAGAUCAGCUAAAGCCCUUUGGAGACGUGCCAAGGAAGCUGAAGGCUCAGGUCACCAGAGCAUUCAUUGCUGCACGGACAUUUGUUCAAGGGCUAACGGUGGGUCGUGAGGUUGCCAACAGGGUCGCCAAGGUGAACGUAGUACCAGCUUGCGUCAAAGCCUUGACCCAGAUGCUCUACUGUCCGUAUUGCCGUGGCAUGCCUGGGCUGAAGCCCUGUCGCAGUUAUUGUUACAAUGUUAUGAGGGGCUGUCUUGCAAACCAGGCGGAUCUGGAUGCUGAAUGGAACUUGUUCAUUGAUGCCAUGUUGCUGGUCGCAGACAGACUGGUGGGACCUUUCAACAUUGAAGCAGUUAUAGAGCCGAUUGAUAUUAAAAUUUCAGAGGCUAUUAUGACGAUGCAGGACAACAGCAUGCAAGUGUCAGCUAAGGUUUUUCAAGGGUGUGGUCAACCAAAGCCUUCAGCAAUAGGCAGGUCUGCACGGGGCCUCUCAGAUGUAUUUAGUAGUCGCUUUAGACCCUUUACCCCCGAACAGAGACCUACCACGGCAGCUGGAACAAGCCUGGAUAGACUGAGGGCUGUCUGGAAGACAAUGCAACACAGUGUGAUUGACAUCAAAGAGAAGCUAAAGGAGUCCAAGAAGUUCUGGUCCAAAUUACCAGAUGACAUCUGUGCCGAAGGCAAACUGACAGAGUCUGACGAGGAACAGUGCUGGAACAGCCACACAAAGGGCAGAUAUUUUCCUGAAGUGGUAAAGGAGGGCCUCACCAACCAGGUCAACAAUCCAGAAGUGAUUUUGGAUAUCACCCGACCGGACACAUUGAUUCGGCAGCAGAUCAUGGCUCUACGAGUCAUGACCAACAAGCUAAAGAAUGCCUACAAUGGAAAUGACAUCUCCUUCCAGGACUCCAGUGACGAGGGCAGUAGCUCAGGAAGUGGCAGUGGCUGCUCUGACGGCUGCACGACAGAGUUCGUUUUUGUAGGAACAGAAGCUCCUGUGAUUAGAGCCGACAGAAGUGACGAACGGGCUGCAGCUGCUGCUGCGGGCCAGUCGCUCUCCUGUGGACCCUCCACCAUCCUGGUGAUGGCUGCCCUCACACUCCCACUCUGGGCAGUACAGACUCAAUGGAGAUAAUACAGUGUGGCCUGUUCAAUGACUCUUAUACUGUUAAGUAACAGUAUGUCUUACAGCAAGUUAUACUGCUGUUCCCUCACUGGACAUGUAGAACCUCCUGGAAACAUGUCUGGAGUGACUGACUGUAUGGUGUGGUAGGGUUUGAAGUGAGUGCAGCGCUGAAUCCUGCUUGUCCCCCAAAGAAUGCUCGGUGCCAUCAGUGAACCAGCUUUUACCAUCUCUGAAAAAAUGAAAAUGUGGUGUUUUCUCAUCAUUCUAAAGUGAGCUUCGAAAAACAUGCUUCUCGUUUAGGAAACAAAACUAUCCUAAGGUGGUUCUAUCAGUGAUUUUCCAGAUAAAGGGAAACCCUUUAUUUCUUUUCCUUUGUGUGAUGAAGUGAAAAGAAGACAACACUGUUUUUAUCUUAUUAGUUCUCUUUCCCUCAGACAAAAUCAGAAAAAAAUUCUGUGUGCAUGCAUGGGUGUGAUGUAAACAGACAAAACAUUGUUUCUUCGUUCUGCUUUUCUUUAUUUAUUCUGAUUUUAUUUUGUGUUUCCUGGCUCCAUAGUUUUAGGUUUGUUUGCACAGAACCAUACAGCCUGAACAGUUCACUCGGUUUCCUCUUUGGCCACAUCAUUGUGUCUUACAGCCACUUUGUUGUUGCACAUUUGAUUAUCUUUACGAAAGUGCUAAAGUGCUGCACUGAGGGACUUUGCACAGAUAAUUGUAUCGGCUUGUUUAUUAAGCUGCAACAGGCAACCAUCAUAUAGAGAAAAAAAGAUUUAUAUUUUCAGAUCAUUUGAACUGAUUGUAUUGUUCUUUAAGUCCUGUGUGUAGUUAACAGGAUUGUACUUUAAUGUAAUUCUACUGGUAUAGGUUAAAGUUACAUCUUUAUAAAGAUAUGUGUUUUAUUUCAUUUUACGUUACAACAAUGUUUUAGCAACAAUAUCAAGCCAUUAUACUACAAAUGCCUGCUAAGAUUGGCAAACUACCUGAUUUAUUCUCUUUUUCCGGAGUCAUUAACAUGCACUAACACAUUUAUUUUUACCCUCGGUAGACGGCAACAAAACGUAAAUUUUAUUUAUUUCCCCGGAUUCCUCAUACAAUUAUGCACAUUGCAGAAAUUUGCAUGGUUUUUGUUUGACCGGCAACAGCAAACCCUGGAACCUUGCAGCAUUUUGCAAGUGGUCAUGUACUUUAACAUGGCAUGUACAAUGUCACCUCCAACGGAAGAGGACUGUCAAGGUUAGAGGGCUCUGAGAACUCAAAGAACUGGGGUUACUAUACAUACCCUUCAGUCUGUCUCCUACAGGCUUUGACCUUUAACAGGCUGUAGAGGCUUAGUGUGCAAAGCAAAUAACCUGCGCUCCAGAAACACAGCGCCUCAGACCCCCGGUCAUACAGAAAAGGUUAGCCUUAGAAAGUUUUGCAGGCCUGCUGCUAAAAUUAACAAUGGAAGAACUGUUCAAAAAUGUUGCACAAAAGAUGAAAAAUGUCAUGCUCACGUGUGUUUCUGCAGGAUCCAAAACCAGUCAGGUCACGAACACUUAAACUGUUUCCACAUUACAAAUGUCCCUUAUCACGGCAGGGACCUCUCCAAAUGCAUCACUGUAACAAAUUAACAGCUCCUCUGAGUGUCUCACAGAGGCCAUGUUCGUCCUGUAGCAGAGGAAGACGAGCAUGGGACAAACAAGUUUUCCCCUCACACAAAGGCAAUGCAGGAUGAGAAUGAAAAAAAUGGCAUCAAGCUCAAAGUUUAUGCCAGCAUCACAGCUGAUUGCACUCAGAGCACCAGAAGGGAAAUCUGUCCUCAGUCUGAGCUGGUGACUCACAACCGAGGCCCCAAGCGCCGCAGGAAGCUCCUACCACACAAUAGUUGACCUCUAUGACCUCACUCCUCGCAAAAAAACUAUUUAGGAGAAGGUGACUGAAUAGCACCCUCCCACCAAAACCAGCAUGGCAUGAUUAAAGCACCGAUGCGUAAACCUUAAUUGUAGAAUGCAACAGGCCAAGGCCUGAGGAAAGACAUUGCAGUGAUUAACAUGAGGCCCUCCUCAAUGUCAAACUGUCCAGAAGUAAAUCAGUGCUAGGAAAGAUGGAAAUCCUAUUCCUACUGAACUGCUACUGAAGCAUUGUUUAUUGGGGGGAACUAAAUAGAUUAGCCAAAUUAAACUGGUAAAAUACCAAGAAAUCUAAAUGGUUAAAUAAAAAAUUGGGCAAUUAAGAAAGAUUCCAAUUCUCUGAAAGAUGAAAGAUAAAAAAGGGUACAGGGUAUUUACACAAGUACUCAACAGUUUGCUCUUCACUUCAGAUAGUUUUUAUUUUGGACCAACAUAUCUAUUUUAUUUGUUACUAUACAUACACCUUCCUGCAUUUCAAGCAUGCUACUCUAAAAGUUGGUAUAAUUUAGGUUGUUGAUGGACAAGUUCUUUGUUUUGAGAAAGGAUGUAACCAGCUUUGGUGCUAAAAUGCCAAAAGAAAAUCCUUCUAAAGACAUAUGUAAAAGUGAGAAAACAGUUACAAAUAGUAAUGGAAACAAUCGUAAUGCCAUUAUGAAAAGAUGGGCAGCUGAAUUUAGAGGAUUAAGGCCUGUGUACAUGGGUUACAUGCUUUAUCACUGGCAGGUUUGAUAAAUGUUACCAGUCCCCUUUUGUAAACCCGAAGGACACAUCGCUGUUUUUCUGAUACAUAUUAAGUUUCCGUCUAAAAUGUUAUGUGUCGUUUUCUACUGAAGAGUGUUGUGUUGCUGGAGUUUUAGGCUAUUUCUAUUUGCAAGCUCAAAUAUUGACACAUGGCAGUAUUUAUGAAACAUCCUUUGAAUUUUCUUAAAACUCCCAUACUUUUGGUUAGCCAGUGAAUGGAUAUAGAAUGGAUUGUGAAUCACACACACUUUUUAGUAAUUGAUGGCUUCCAGAGAUGGAGAGAAGUGGUAGUCUUAAGCACUUUCUAACCAAUAGAUGUCCGAUCUAGGAAUCUAAUGGGACUAAAAAGAUGUGAUGCAUGAGGGACAAGUUGUGCCCACAUCUGCUCCUCCAAUGUUAUUGGAGCAUGAGGAAGAGGAUCCCACCUUCAGCUCUUUGGUCUUGUUAUUCCUGUACAGUUUCCACUGGGUCAGUGAAUCCAGUUUGAUUGACUGAACAUUUCAUGGAAAUUUCAGUGAACAGUAUAAGGGUGACUUAGCAAGCACCUUCCAAUGACAGAGCCUGAAAACUUUACACAUAAACACAUCUGACCCACCUCUCAAACUCUAAAAUAGGGAUAUUUUCUAUGCAGAAGUUGGUGCUGGGAAUUGCACUACACUUUGACGAGGAAUAAGGUCCCACCAUCUAGAUGUGUUAGGUGUUGGUAACAACAGCCAAUCUGAAAUUCUUUAUUAAAAAAAUAAUUGUGGCUAAUGUUUUUUUAUUUGGUCAGAGUGAUGAGAAACAUUCAUCGGAAAGUCUUUUAAGUAUGCUGAUUGUUGAAUCCGCUGUGAUGUUCAGAACUGACUUCUUUUUUUUUUACCUGACUAUAACAGGAACAUUUUGUUAUUUUUUGAUGAACGAUCUAAUGAAAAGGCCUGAGUUGUUUUUUUUUUAUCUGUUUUGCUGGUAAUGCGCAAACUUUUUAUUUUAUUAUCACUUUUUUAAAGUUUCGCAGCAAGGCAGGGAGAGCAGAGAAAAACACCACUAGGUUUACAGGAAUCCGUUACAUUGAUGACUUUAUGCUUGGCGAAUUAAAGUAACAUUGAUCUGUACUAUUCACAGGGUGAUAUCAUUUAGUAAAUAACAAAUUUAGUUUUAAAUUAUAAACAAAAAAGAUAGCUGAGGCAGGUAACUUUGAGUGAGGCCCUGGAGCGACACAGCACAAACUAAAAAGUGUUGUGAUGCUGAAGAUUUAGGUUAUUUCAAAUAUCAAAGGCAGUAUUGCAAAAAAAUCCAUAUAAAAAAUGUUUUUAUCCUUAAAUUUCCUGUAUAUUUUCUUAAAACGUCCCUUCUUGAUAACAAAGGCAGAAAGUCAGCUGAUUGGCAUCAGAUACUUGUUUUGUUUGAGCCUCAGCAGGCGUGAUUUUUUUCACAGCAGAAACACAGUAAACAUCUGCAGCCACACAAACGUUGAAGGCACCUAUUAGAGCCUCUGCUAGAGCUGUGAUUGCAUCAGAGCUGUGGAUGAGUGAGGAUAACGCAGGGCUUUGCUGGUGUUGCUGAAAACACAGCAAAAAAAAAGUGAACUGAGAAAAGAAUUUCUCAACAGGACCAAAAUUUCUGGUCCCGUUUUUCCAAAGUGCUUGUAUCUAGGGAAACAGAUCCUCUCUGAUAAUGAUAAAAUAAACCGUUGCUGUUCUCCGUUAUUGUAUUUAUUCCUAUGACUCCUGACAAGCUGCAAGACCAUUCUAGUCAGAAAUACAAAAUCACUCUUUGAAAUGAUGCAGUGACGGUCUUCAUUUACACAUGAGCCAUAAAGAGAUCAAUUAGCUUCUUGAAUUAUUUGAGCCAUUGAAAAAAAGGAAAAAAAAAUCUGAAUUUCUCAUUUAUUUUUUGCUAAAUGUUUAGAAUUCAAUUUGUUAUACAAGGUCUUUUCAUUUUGUCGUGAAUCAUUUGCUGCACUUUUGCUAAACAUAAUGCUCUGAGUGUGGUACUGUUGUGACUUGCGAAAAUUAAUGACUAAGGAGCACAUUACGAUUUUUUGAAGCUGUUCAGUGCACGCUGUUUAAAGUGUUUGGGGGGAACUGAAGUUGAUGGUUAUACAAGCAGACAUGCCUUACCAUUUUUUAAAAGACUAAAAUGGAUUGCUUAUUUGGCUUUUGUUACACAUUCUUGUAUA